UGUAACGCAAAUAGGCAAGACUAGCAGCGCCCACAUUAUUCAUUAAGGCUUAACGUUUCCUGCGACCUGUCAGUGAACACGUACUCACAAAACUAAGAUAUUAUAACGCCAAGCUGGUGUUAUUACGCAGAGUCAAGCGUGUGACAACGGAGCAACACGUAGAAACUAUGCCUCCGGUGAUUCAAGGUUCACCUGUGUCCCUCUCAUCCAUUACGGAAGAAGAGGAAGUGGAGAGCGGGGAGGCACUGCUUGUGAUGGAGAAGUUGAAGAGUGUCUUACAUAGGGGAGUAGAACGGUACCUCAACUAUGAAGCUUUCCUCAUCUCCCGCACCACACUACUCAGGGCUGCCCAUGACGUGUUGAGGCUGAGUUGUGACCGUCCUCUGGGACUCCGCAGUGCUCUGGUCGAACUUUACCUUCAUGAUGGAUACUCCUCAAAGCGGUUAGCGCAGGUUGUGGCUGACCCUCGUCAGGAGGUGAAGACAGUAAUCAAACUGACCCUCCACCAGGACCACACCUCAGACUCGAACACACUGCACAUCCAGUCUGGCUACACCAUGGAGCGCCACUGUCUUCCUUGAUCAUUUCUAUACAAGCCUCUUUUAUUUUUAUAUACCAUGAAGGUUUAAUGAUACGUUUGUGAUUUCCUAAAUGCUUCAAGGCAUUAAGGUAGUACGUAUUAUCCUUUUUUAUAACCGGGAUGAUAUAUUUCCAUCUUCCAAGAGAGCCACAAGAGCAAGAGGAAAUUAUCCACCAGAAGUCGGAUCUCUAGGUGAGCGAAAAUGAGCUUAAUGGUAAUAUGAUAAACCAAGUACAACAAAUUCUCAAGCAGUAGCAAAGCCUGGAGGUGAAGUAUGUGUAUUUCAGACCACCAAAUGUUUCAUCUCCAACUUUUGCUAUGAAUUAAGAGGUGUACAGAGAAUCAUCUCAGGGCACUAUAAGAAGUGUUGAGUGUAUAGUGUGCUCGAGGAAAUCUGGCAGUCCUUGCUGGGUCCAAGAGAGCAUUUGUCUCAUAAAGUGCCUUCACCUGGUCCAUGGCUUGGGGACACCUCUAGUACUUAACACAAUUUUAUUCUUAUGUGAUAAAAUGCAAAUACUAGCCCAAAAAUUUCGAUACUUUUGACGUAGUCAUGAGGCUAAUAUCGAUUACUAUUCCAAAUACUACUGCUGUACUUAACCUCAAUAGCAUGUGUUCCCAACAAGCACAAGUUAUUUUUCUCAGUGAAGUAAAAGUUAAAAAUAUACAACUGUCUAUAAAUUGAAUUUAUAUUCAGCGUUUUGAGAAUACAAUACGUUAACUAGGCCCUCUUUUUCUCUUAUUGUUUUUUGAAGAAUUAUGCGAGUGUUAUACGAAGAAAAUCUUCCUAAUGUUUUAUGCCCUCUUGUAUGUGAACCGUCCUCUUUAUUUUUAAGCAGCUAAUAUGCAUUUAAUAUCACCAUGUUUUCCAUGUAUGACAGUUACUUUGAAACUACCACAGCACAGUUUAUUAAGCCAGAAACUGGGUAAUGGCAGCGGUUCAUCACCUGAGCGUGGAGGUUUAUGGGGCAAAUUGGCAGUAUUCUGUGAAGGUACUUAAAUUUAUAUAACCCACCAUGACCUGCCCUGAUACAGUAACUGGCAGCACGCUGCCCAUGUGGCUCCUUCACGCUCCCUCACUUGGCCUAUUGUUUGUCAAGAUUCCCACCAGAAAAGCCCUCCUCAGUCUGAUUACAUAAAAAUAUGAAUUUUUUUUUUUAUUGGAGAGGAGUGAGCAUAACAUAAUCACAAAACUUGAGGUAUUAUAUUCUUCGUCAAUUGUUAAGUCCCUUAGCAGAAUCAGGUAAUUAACUUGUCAAACUUAUAAUGGAGCUUUGAUAAUGGUAAUUUUAUUUGUAAAAGUUGCGUUAGCAGUGUGUGAGGUUGGAAGGGCUACAAUAAAUUUUAGUUUUUGCUAACUCUAAUAUGCAUUUUACAUAGUAUUAGUUACCCGAUUAUUGUAACAUUAUGCUGUUUAUAUUACUGGUUACCUAAGUAUCAGUUAAAUUAUAUUUUUAUCAUACUCAAAGCUAUGUUAAACCACGUUUUUUUUUUUGUACAAUUUUAAUCCAGACAAUUGACAUAGCAUUGUAGAUAACAUAAUCAAUCAUUUGUGUAUAGGUCAUCUUCACUAGUCAUCCAUAUAUACCUGUUGAGUAGAUUCAGGGUUCAUGAAUGCAACGCUAUCAGGAACACUCUUGUACGUGUGAUCAAUUGCUCAAAUUAUCUUUGUAGUUUCAUCGCCAUUUUUGUGAUUAGUUUAAGAACUUUUGUAUGCGGAUAUAAAAGAAAAUUCAGCUAUAUA